UCGCACAUGGAUGUUUCUGCGCUCGUCUCUCAUAUCAUCACUCAGACGCGCCAAAAUGUCGAAUUUCUUAUGUCGCAGAAUCAUAUCAGUCCUUCUGAAGGCCGAGAAAUACUUGCCAGACUUCCCAACACACAGAAUGCGAACAGAACCUUCAUUACUUCACCUCCUCCAGGAGGACAGCUGGUCCGAGGCAGAGCACUCUGGGGAUACAAUGAGAACUCGCAGGUCUGCUGCUGCUGUCUUCGCCACAAUUGGACGUGGGCACCUACUCACACUCUAGAAUCCGAAUGACCUAGCGUUUCGUGCCGGAGAUGAGAUUGAAAUCCUGUCGGAGAAUAAUCCAGACUGGUUCGCUGCUUUUACGGGGCCCAGCAAUUGACUUCACUGACUGAACAGGUGGACUGGCCGUCACAAUGGCAGACAAGGGUUGUUCCCGUCGAACUACGUGGAAAAGCGACCAGGCGGCGGCGGCACUUAUCCUCCUCAGGGUCGAGACGGAUACUCGAACAUGCCAAUCUAUCAACCACCUCCACCUCCCGGUCCAGCGAACAACGGAUAUCCGGGAGGAUAUGGACCCGGAUACCAAGCAGGUCAACCUCCUGCUCCGUACAUGCCCUAUGGGGCGCCUGCACCUAUUCCUCCUGCACCUAUUCCACCAGCCUCUGCCCCACCGGAACUUCCACCGAAGCAAAGCAAAUUCGGAGGGCUUGGAGCCACGCUUGCGAAUUCGGCAGUGGGCGGCCUUGGUUUUGGUGCUGGUAGUGCAAUCGGAGGAGACAUCGUUCAUGCUAUAUUUUGAACAGACAGUUGUUGUUACACCAUACGGAAUGAGAUACAUAUCUAUAGAUUACAAAACAAGAAACAGACACGGGUCAAAGGCAAGAAAGAGAUCAAAUUCUCUUGCCCCUCCGGGGGUUGAUGCCUGGAGACCGAGAUUCAUCGUCAUUGUCCACACCCUGAACAUAUCCUACGCCCAUGAAGACAGGAGAUCCACCAGCACCGCCACGAGCAAGAAAUCCUCUGUUCUUUGCGCGGGAGCCCAGGCCCACGAAUAGCCCGCUAUCUGGAUCAGACUGGGAACCUGGUCGCACACGGGUAUAAGCACGUGAUCGAGCAGCGACCAGCUCCUGGUCCAGGGUCAUAUUCUGAGCAGUCUUGUGUGGUGGGCUAUGGACCGGAGCAUCGUAACUGAGGCUGAGCUCAUCGUCGGACUCCUCGUUGUGGACAACUCGGGCUGCCUUGUGUAACCUGCCUGGCGGACGAGGCUUUCUCGGAGACUGCACAGCAAUCGGAGACGAGGGCGGUCGUUUGUCGAGCUGUUCAGACGCACUGGGCACUCGCUGUCGAGGUGGAGUGGCUGAGAUGCGUCCGUCGGCGGGAGGCGCUCUUCGUGGUGGAGGAACAAAGAUCUUGCGGAUGGGCAUCCACGUCGCAGCAGGCGGGUCGAGGAUCGUGAAUGCUGGCGCCGGUGGCGUGGAAAGUGAACGUUCGUCUGAGUCGUCGUUUCCUCGAUCGGAGGAGAGAGACGGUGUGAUUGUACUGCUAUCUCGAUACGCAGCAGCUUUCGGAAACCCGGCAGCCGGGAACGACGACGAAGCCGAGAAGCGGCGUUUUGGUGCUUGGUCUGGAUGUCCGCCUCAACAACAAGCACGCCCCAGAAGUAUUCGACACACCUUGAUCUUCGCUAGGGUCUACUUCGGCACGCUUACGUUUCCCGCCAACAACAGCAGAGUCGAAAGACCGGUCCUCAAGCCAAGGCGUGCUGCGCGUUCCAUUCCAGCUACGGUCUCCGACGCCUGUCGUUGAUGGCUGUGAGCGUGAGAUUGAAUCUCCAAGCUUCUUGAGUAUAGCAGCGUUACGGGAGGACAUGCGCCCUCCGACGACGAAACUGCUCUCGACAUAAGACGUGUCUUCAUCUCGACUAUUGGUUGCGGACAAUGUCUUUUUCAAACGGACGGUCUUCAUUUCAGCUAGGAAAUCAGCCAUUUUGUCGGGAGGUACGCCAAUCGUCGGUUGACCAGAACGACGACUGCCGCCCAGAGCGGUCUCUUGCGUUGGCAGAUUCGAGAACGUGGGAACUUUGGGCAGAAUGGAUGUAGGGAUGCGCUUGGCAGGACCAGGCGGGGGCGGAGGUGGUGGGGCGGGUGGCGGAGGAGGAGACGUGAUAUGUGAACGGUCAGAUAACUCCUGCUUCAAACGAUGCACUUCUGCUUCCAGGUGUCGGAUGCGCUCCUUGUCCAAUUCCCGCUCUCGCUGUAGUUCGGUAUCCUCUUCGACCUCCUCUCUGCUCUGUCGAUGAGCCGCUAGUUCGUCACAUGCGGCUGAUAAUUCACGUGUCAUCCCGCGCAAUUCUAUCGGAAUGCUGUCAGCAUCACCACUUGCACGAGCCUUACCCUUCUCUUGCGCGGUGUAACGAAGGCGAGGUGGAGAUUCAUGUUCCGCCACGGCAUCCGCGUUCAGUGUAAACCGUAUUGAUUCGGAAGGAAUGGGUUCAGUGCGGCUGCGAGUAGGUGGGCUGAUGAUGCUGGGCAGAAAUCGAACCUGGCGCAUCUCUUGUUCGUGGUGUGACCCUGGCUCCAGAGACGGCGAACGCGGAAAAAGUGACCCCGGCAUUGUUAAAGACUUUCUGCGCUUGAGGAUGCAGGGGAGAGGAGGAGGAGAGAAUGGAUUGCGUUCACUCGACGGGAUAUCUGCACAGUAAACGACGCGUCUGUACGCGUCAACUGGAGGGGAGGAGCGUGUGGAGGGCAUUUGUUCGGCGGGACUCGUGGGAUGCUGUCUCAGAUGCUUCGAGUCAUGAGCGCCCAUCAAGCUAUCAUGUAGUCGCGUUGAAGAGGAUGGCUCCGGGGGUUCCGGAGAGUUUUCGGGCGAGUAGGUCUCAUCCUGCAAGCGGAUGAUAAGUGAGUUUGAAAACUUGAGGAAGGACAAUAAAACCUCUUCGAUGGUCCCUCCAGUGGCAUUCACAAUGAAAGAUUCUAAUUCUCUCGCCACGAAGGUGAAGACGCCGGAAAGUAGUCCGGUCGAGGGUGGAUCUGCC